CACACACACACACACACACACACACACAACCUGCCUUAAUUCCCCAUCUGGGCUAUAUUUUCUGUCCUUCAUGCUAGUCAAUGCUGCCCUGCACCGCCUACACUCUCCCACAUACAGCAGCACAACACAACACCUCAGAGGUGAAUCUUCACAUGUCUGCUAAUCUCACCUCUGGUCAUGAAACGCUUUCCACAAGCAUCACAUUUGAACCCUUUGUGACCAGUGUGUCUUAUGCUAUGAGUCUUCAGGUAUGACUUUAAACAGAAUCUUUUCCCACAAACUUCACAUUCAUGAUUUCUUUCACCAGUGUGUGUAAGGAUGUGUGUGUUGAGGUGACUCUUCCGAUUAAAUCUUUUCCCACAAACUUCACAUUCAUGAUUUCUUUCACCAGUGUGUGUAAGGAUGUGUCUGUUGAGGUCACACUUCUGAUUAAAUCUUUUCCCACAAACUUCACAUUCAUGAUUUUUUUCACCAGUGUGUGUAAGGAUGUGUACGUUGAGGUGACCCUUAUGAAUAAAUCUUUUCCCACAGACUUCACAUUCAUGAUUUCUUUCACCAGUGUGUGUAAGAAUGUGUGUGUUGAGGUGGCCCUUCAGAUUAAAUCUUUUCCCACAAACUUCACAUUCAUGAUUUCUUUCACCAGUGUGUGUAAGAAUGUGUGUGUUGAGGUGACCCUUCUGAUUAAAUCUUUUCCCACAAACUUCACAUUCAUGAUUUCUUUCACCAGUGUGUGUAAGAAUGUGUGUGUUGAGGUGUCCCUUCUGAUUAAAUCUUUUCCCACAAACUUCACAUUCAUGAUUUCUUUCACCAGUGUGUGUAAGGAUGUGUCUGUUGAGGUCACUCUUCCGAUUAAAUCUUUUCCCACAAACUUCACAUUCAUGAUUUUUUUCACCAGUGUGUGUAAGGAUGUGUCUGUUGAGGUUACCCUUAUGAUUAAAUCUUUUCCCACAAACUUCACAUUCAUGAUUUCUCUCACCAGUGUGUGUAAGGAUGUGUGCAUUGAGGUGACUCUUCUGAUUAAAUCUUUUCCCACAAACUUCACAUUCAUGAUUUUUUUCAGCAGUGUGUGUAAGAAUGUGUGUCUUGAGUUUACCCUUCUUGCUGAAACUUUCCCCACAAACUGCACAAUCAUGAUUUCUUUCAGCAGAAUGAGUGAGUGUCUUAGUCAAAGUCACCCUUCCCAGGGAGGCUUUUCUCACACUCCUGGCUCUCAUGGUUUCCUGAACCAGUGUGUGCAAGGCUGUGUCUGAUGAACUUCCUCUCCCCUAUCAAAUUGUCCUACAGUCCUGACACUCAACCUUUCCC